CAGCGCUCCCGGCGCGGCUGGAUCGGGGCGCGGGGCCGCCCCGCUGGCGGGCGGGGGCUUGGGGAGGAAAGCGGGGCUCGGUCGGCCGGGUCGGUGCGCGGCUCCGGCUUAGUAUGGGAACCGGUGCGUGGGGGCCUGGGGGGCACUGCUUGUGAGGUGCUGCUGCUGCCUGGCCCUGCCUGUAGCCUCUGCUAAGCUUGUGUCAUCUUCCUCUCAUCCUUGCACGUACCUGCAGCAGUGCUUUAGCCUGCCAGUGCCAAUCAGUAACUCUGCAAAAACCUGUAUAAAAGGGUUUAUGGUGAAAUGAACUACAGAACCUAUCCAGAGCAGAUGUGAGGUAUGCAAGCUGAUCAAAUGUUCAAAAGUCUAACCAGGUGUUUGCCCCUGGUGUCGCUGUCAUCCUGGUGGGUUGGGGUUGGUUUUUUUUCCCCCUUCUGAUCUGUUGUGCAACCUUCCAGUAUUACAAGCCUUCUCUCGCUGAUGUAACCAGCGUAUCCUUUCUUGCUUCCCAUAAGCAAGGCUUUCCCGGGGUGGCCAGCCUUAGAGUUCGGGAUGCGUCCAAGCUGAACAAGCCUUCCUUCUCCCUACAGCUUUUAUUUUACUUAUACAAGAAAAAAAUCUACUGCAACUGCUUGAGCUUUUAAGUGAUAGGAAGGGGCAGAGAGGAAAGGGUAAUUCCUGUUUCUUUAAAUCUGGCUCUUAAAGUUCCCGUUUCUUAAAAGGAUGAGCAUCUCUCUCUCUCUCUCUCUCUCCCCCCCCCCCGAGAAAUCCACUACUUCUGCAGUGGUGGGUGUUGUUGGUGUGGCUCGUUAUCACCCUCUCAGCCCUGGUGGGAAGAAGGUGAUUGGUGGGAUACACCUAUGUUCCCACAAAACUCAAGUAACCAGCAAUGGAUGUCUUUGUGGUCUCCUUGCUCCUCCCAGUUAGCCUCAGUUAGAGUGGUGACCACCUCGGCUUUCUGCAACAUCACGGUUCAUUUUUAGGUUUCCAGCAAACACCUUCAUGCCAGCAGCUAGAAGGGCAGUAAAUGAUCAGACCAACUUGUCUUAGUCUAACCUGUCACAUUCCAGUUCUGGAAGGGGCAUGUAGUAAUUCCUCUCUUCCUUGCUGUGCUUCCCUGGAAAGGGGAUGGGAAGGUUUACAGCUGCCGAGGGCACCUGGCUGAAAGGCAGGGAACAAGUAAUGCCCAGGCCUUGCACAGGCUGCAGAACUUGAGGACUGCAGGGUUUCCAAGUUCUUCGCAUGCAAUGUCAAGGCAAGAACUUUAAACUUUUCUUUUUUUUUUUUUUUUUUUUUUUCCUUUUUAAAAUGAGUGAAGGGAUCCAAACUUGGUCUCCCAUCAGUUACAGCAACAGAAAGGGAAGCAGCCUCUUGGCAAAAGAGCUCUGCUGCUGUGACUAAUAAGUGAAUCAAUAUUAAUGGUUAUACCCAUCUAUUUCCUCCUAUGUAGGCUCUGAUGGGUGGCCAGGGAGAACAGGUCCUUCCCUUUGCUGUUCACAUGUCCUGCCUUUCAGGUGCUCCCACCUUGAGCUACAGAGGCAGCUUAUCUGCUUGAACCUGCUUCUAACUUUGUGAUUACAAAUAGAUACCAUAUUUAAUUUUCCUUAAUGUACCAGUUUGUGCCAUGUUCUUCCUUACUGUGGGAUGUCCCAGACCUCUCCCUGUGGGAGGGGGAACUCCUGCUGUUCUUCAGGGUAAACGGUGCCUGCAGACACCUCUCUUCCUAUUUGUAGUUGUGAAGUAUCUUGAUCCUGGUGUGACUGAAACCUGAUAAGCAACAUGUGUACUUGUAAUGACACUGGUGUCUCUGAAACAAACUUAGGCCAGCAAGCAAGGUGCAUGUGACUGGCCUUCAUUUUCAUAAGCGCAACUGUUUUUCUUCCUGUGGUUCUUUGUGCAGAUUCAUUAAUAGGUUUUCUCUGCUGGCUUUGUGUGGGUGUGAGGGGGGGUAAGCACGUUACACCUCAGGGAGGGGAGCUUGAGUCCCUUUAGCUUAAGUGGUAGCAGCUUGCGUUUGUAGUCCCCACCGUGUUGAGCAAGAUGGUGACCAUCACAGAUGGACUUGGGUUUUAGCUCCUCAGAUGUUCUUUGAGCUGGCAUCGCUUCAAGAACACGCAUGUCUCAUUCUUAAAGGCUUUAUGUGUAUUGUUCUAAAUCUGUGGGUUUCCGUGCCUUUGGGGACUACUGGAUGUCUUCCAGUGUGGAUGUCCAUCCUUUUGGAAAUGUGGCACAUGUAAGGACUGGUGUGGUGUGCGUGACACUUGCUUUUCCCAGACGCUUUGUGCGGAAAUCUUUGCUCGCGUGUUGCCAUCCCUGCUUGGUUUUUUUGCGUUCUUUGUCUCAACAGAUGGGAACUGCUGAAAACAACAGUGACCUCAAGAACCUCCAUGCAGUGGAGCUUGACCUGUGUAACAAGGACAUGAUGGCAGACACAUUUGAUCACAGCGUUAUUUCUGUUGGAGAAGAGGAAGGACCAGGCAAUUUCCACCGUUCUCUUCCGACACGAGAGUCCCUCCGAUCCCCUCGGGGCUCUGUUGUGAGUUUCCAUAACAUCCAGUACUCCGUUAAGCAGUCCAGUGGAUUCCUAUGUAAACAGAAAACUGUGGAAAAGAGGAUCCUUCAUAAUGUUUAUGGCAUUAUGAAGCCAGGCUUGAAUGCUAUCCUGGGGCCAACGGGGAGCGGUAAAUCUUCUCUCCUAGAUGUGCUGGCUGCCAGAAAGGACCCAGCAGGCCUGUCUGGAGAAGUGCUUAUAGAUGGCAUCCCACAACCUCCAAAUUUCAAGUGCAUCUCAGGAUAUGUUGUGCAGGAUGAUGUUGUCAUGGGCACAAUGACAGUGAGGGAGAACCUGCAGUUCUCUGCUGCUCUGCGACUCCCCAGCUCCAUCAGCUUUAAAGAGAAGGAAGAGCGAGUCACCCAAAUAAUCAGCGAGCUUGGAUUAAGCAAAGUGGCUGAUGCUAAGGUAGGAACUGAACUGAUCCGGGGAGUGUCUGGAGGGGAACGGAAGAGAACCAACAUUGGGAUGGAGCUCAUCACAGAGCCACCAGUCCUUUUUCUGGACGAGCCAACAACUGGCCUUGAUGCCAGCACAGCCAAUGCAGUCCUCAUCCUCUUGAAGAAGCUUUCAAAAAGAGGGCGAACCAUCAUAUUUUCCAUCCAUCAGCCCCGCUAUUCCAUAUUCAAGCUAUUUGACAGUCUGACGUUACUAGCUUUGGGAAAGGUGCUGUACCAUGGUCCUGCAAAGCAGGCCCUGGAGUACUUUAGUUCUAUUGGAUAUGAAUGUGAACCUUUCAACAAUCCAGCUGACUUCUUCCUUGAUAUCAUAAAUGGGGAUUCAACUGCUGUGGCAGCAAGCAAGGAAGAUCACAGACCUGUGGACACAGGAAAAGAGGUGAGCAGUGUGAGCAGUGAAAAUGGAGUGGCAGAAGAUAACAUGGACAGCAGUGUGGUAGAUGUGCUGCACCAGAAAUAUCUCAACUCCAGCCUGUAUCAGAGCACAAAGGAAGCAUUGGGGAAAGUGGAACUUGGACGGGGAACCAAGCAGACAGUAUCCAAGCAGGGGCAUGAGAUUACCUAUGCAAAUGGUUUCCUCACCCAGCUGUACUGGGUGUCCAAGCGUUCCCUGAAAAACCUCAUCAGGAACCCACAGGCCUCUGUUGCACAGAUUGCAGUGACUGUAAUUCUAGCCUUGGUUGUGGGUGCUAUCUUUUUUGGUGUAAAAUUGGAUCGAAGUGGCAUUCAGAAUCGGGUUGGAUCCUUGUUUUUUGUCACCACAAACCAGUGUUUUUCCAGUGUCUCUGCAAUUGAGCUGUUCAUCAGAGACAAGAAACUAUUUGUCCAUCAGUACACCAGUGGAUAUUACCGUGUGUCUGCCUACUUCCUGGCCCUGAUGAUAGGAGAUCUGCUGCCCAUGAGAACAGCUCCAGCCAUCAUAUUCUCAUGCAUCAGUUACUGGAUGAUUGGAUACCAAGCUGUUGCAGGCCAGUUCUUUUUUUUCAUGCUGACCCUGGUACUGGUGUCCUACACUGCUACAGCCAUGUCUCUGGCUAUCAGUGCUGGGAUGGAUGUUGUGGCUGUGGCCAAUCUGCUCAUCACUAUUUGCUUUGUCCUGAUGCUUAUCUUUUCAGGUCUCUUGGUAAAUCUUCCUUCUGUAAUGGGCUGGCUGAACUGGCUCAAGUACUUCAGCAUCCCUCGAUAUGGCCUCACUGCUCUUCAGGUGAAUGAGUUCAGAGAUCUAUACUUCUGUGGUGAGCAGAAUCCAAAUGUUACAGCCUCUGUGGGAGAUGCAGGCAGUUGUCCACCCUAUAUUUCAGGAGAAAUGUGUUCUGGUGAAGCAUACCUGUGCAGCCAAGGAAUCGCACCUACCAACUGGGCAAUGUGGGAAAACAUAGUGGCUCUCUUCUGCAUGACCGUUAUCUUCCUUGUCAUUGCCUAUGCAAAACUCCGGUUUAUGAGAAAGUUCACAUAGACUCCUGCGUUGCCUUGCUCUGCAGCUUCUCUGGUUUCUUAAAACUGCAAAGCUUGUUAGGGCCUACUGGAGAUUGCUGAAAGAUUUCAACUGACUUUUACUGGAUUUCAGAUGGGAAUCCUGCCCCCUUGUUUCUGGAGCAUGAUCUCCAUGAUUGUAUGAUUUUGGUUUUUAAGAAGAAAUGCAUUAAUUAAUGCACAUUGCAUAAAUGGUUUUUUUGUUAAGAGAAUAUCCUUAGGUACAUAUCAAACUAUAUAUUGUAAAGCAUCAUUAUUCUGUGGCCAAUUUAUACAGGUAACGUUCCAAAGGAAACAUUUUCCUUUGAAUGUGUGAGCUUCUCCAUCACAAAUGGUGUAAGGUGAUGAUGGCAUUUGUGCAUUGAUAUGUUGCCCCCUGUUAGUGCCUGUCAUAUCUGAAGAGAGCCAGAGACCAUUCACAGUGUGUUGGAGAUAUAUUUCAGUUUGAAGUCAGUACAGAGAAUGAGCACUCCUUGCCAAGCAAGAACAGUUGUCCUUCUGCUAGCUUCUCCGUGGAAGCUAUUUCCAAAAACAACUUUUGCUGAUUGAAAACUAAACAGCAGUAGUGUAAGACAUCUCAUCUAGGAAGAGAAAUAUGAUAUGUUGUAAACAAACAAAAAAAACCCCAAAAGCAACAACAAAAAACCAUUUACUACUUAGGAAGAAGGGAGGAAAUUCCCUCUUUUUUUGAAAUAACCAAAAAUUUGUAUAUUUAAUAACAGCAGAUUUUUUUAACAGACUUGCUGCUCAGAUGCACCAUCUAUAUGUAAUGCUACUUACGUUAUGGACUGAAAAAACCCAUGUAGGCACUGCUGUAGUGUCUAUAGCAAAGCUUACCGCAGUGACCACAGGACAGACUGUAGUGUGUGAGCAGUUCCUCACUACGUCAUCAGCAAGGAGAGCUUCUUCUAAGAUGCAUUAAGACCCUUGUGUGCAAGUCAGCCAGCUCAGCCAAAGGAAAACAUCCUCAAACACAGGGCUAGAGAGUUUGCUUAUGAGGGCUGUGCUAGCAGCAGGCCUUGAAACUGGGCUGCAGCGUGAAAGUGCUUCUGGUGCUCUCACAAUAAAUGGUUUAGUGGUGGUGUUGGAAAAAGGGAAAUCACAGCCACGUCAAGCACAGGCCAUGCACUUUCUGUGCUACUGCACUGCCUUUCACAGCUGAUAAAAAGUAAACUCGUGCCACAAUUUA